AUGGAGCGGCUGGCCUUCCAAGCACCUAUCCGAAGCCGAUCCGCCAACCUGUUUCAGCGACUCCCAGCUGAGGUACACUCUCUGAAUUAUUCUGUUACUAAGCCAGCUGCUGAAUUUUUCAUGCUUCAGAUAGUCCAAUACAUAGCUUGCCUACUGCCAAAUGACGCUGAUGUUGCACAUCUCUCUUCAUGCUGUAACUUUAUAGCUCAGAAACUCUUACCUGGGGAAUCAUCUGUCUGGCGAUACCGUUUCAUGAACUUGUAUGAUACACCACCAGGCCGGAGUUCCUCUGAACUUAAGAUCGAGUAUCAGAUUCGCUCAAUCAUUCUCUCCCAGAAAAUCAGUUUUCGAUAUGGCCAGAAAGAAGAGCAACUAUUAUGGCUGACGGUGAUGCAAAGCAUCCUCCUAGAGGCUCUGACCAUUACGGAAAUGAACGGAGUGGUCUUUUCAAAGACAUUCGAGCGCAUCCGUGAGGCACUUCAGCUUUCUGCUCCAGAAUUUCUCAGCAGGCCGCUAAGCGGCUAUGGAAACACGAAACGAGACCGACCGUCCGGUCUAUUUUGCGCUCUUCAACUGUGUCUAACCGGCCUAGCGCUUGACCCCAAAAUGUCCGUUCGUUGCCUCCGAACAGACUACGACAUUGCAGACGUCUACUCUUACCAAACUGAGUUUACCAGACCACUCAUUGAUCUAAAGAAAUUAGAACUACCAACCAUUUUGCAUAUCCGCAAUUUCUGGGUGCGGCAUUUGCUGAGCCCUAAUGAAGCUACUUACUGCACGUCUUAUGCUAAGCUACCUGUAGACCAAAGACCCAAGGUAUGGUCUACUAUCAAGGAAAAUGUGGAGCUGGGCGCCAACUGGGUGGGUUACUGGUCAUGCAUCCAUCCCUAUCCGGAAACAGUCAUCGAGCUUGAAAACCGGCAAUCAUGCGCUGAUUUGAACACACAUUGGAUACAAGGGGACACUGAUCCAUUGUUCUUUCGAAUCAGACCAGACUUGAAUACCUUGAACUGGCCACCUGAGCUCAACAAAAUAAUCCCGAUGAAUGGGCCAGAGUCUCAUCGAUUAUACUUCCGUGGGUUUCAGAGACUUGGCGACAAUCUAUAUCCAGUGCGUGGCUUUACAGAGCCCAUUCGAGGAUUGCAAGGUGGCUUUCCCGGUUGGCAGCGUAUCUGCUUUGCCAUAUAUGCCGCGGACCGUGAGCAACUUCCGCUGCUUCUUGAGAUUGGCGAAUCGGAGCCGAGUGGCAACGAAGCAGCAUGUUUACUAAGCGAGCUGUGGCCGCCGGGUGAGCUGGAAACCGAUUUCCUUUGGAUUCAAGGCUAUGAGGGAGUGAUCCUUCCCGGGGGUAAGAUCAUGUUAGGACAAUGGGUUGAUAUGGUUGAUACGACAGAAAGAGGGCCGUUCAUUUUUUGGAAUUUGUGA